AUGGCCGAACCCGGACGUCGACGCAGAAGGCCAGCUGUUUCGUGCGCUCUCUGCAGAAGGCGUAAACUUCGUUGCAAUCGAGAGAACCCUUGCAGCAACUGUCUCAAGGCAAGGAAUGCUAGUUGCAUCUAUGAAAGCCAUUCGCCGCCUUCACAGCCCGCGCAAACAUUGCAGAGGCUAGCUACUGAUGAGAAUGCUUCGUACACAAGUAAACAAUCAAUUGUUUCCAGCAAUCUAUCAAGUUCUUUAGCCGGCUCUACAACUGCCCCAUUGCCUGCGAGUCAGAGCUCUAGUCAAGAUGUCGAGCUUAUGAAAUCUCGAAUCAAAGAUCUUGAAGAACAACUGUCCAAAGCGACUUCGUCAAAAUCUACUCCUCGGUCUCAGGCCUCCCCUCCAAACUCUGAGAUUGAAACGGCAACAUCACAAAUAGGUGGGACUUACUACUUCCAGCGUGAGAAUAGUUCAUUUGGACCACCGCAAGGGUUGACUCGCAGUGUCAUGCAUAAAACACGUCUGUUUGGUCAAAGUCAUUGGAUCGUUAGAAUGUCUCUGUUCAAAGAUUUAUUGAGUCCAAAUGAUCCUUCAGUGCGAGAAGGGUUGCACGAGGCGUUCUCUGGGAUGCAGAAAUGUAAAUCCUUAGCCCGGGUUAUCAAAUCACAGCGCGCACCCCCCUGGCCCACGCCACCAACGCUUGAUCUACCCCGAGUAGGUGUUGCCAAUGAGCUUUUUGACUGCUAUCUUCGAACCACAGAGACGAUGCACCGAAUCCUUCAUAUUCCCAGCUUCAGGCGGGACUAUGAGAUGCUCUGGGUGUCGGAAGCUAAACCAGAUCCAGGUUUCUUGAUUCAAGUUAAGCUUGUAUUUGCCAUUGGUGCUGCCACCUACGAUGAGGAAUUCUCACUACGUUCGUCGGCGGUUCGGUGGAUAUAUGAAGCUUUGACCUGGAUCUCUGAGCCUGAAUUUAAAUCUCGGCUCGGCAUACAAUUUGUACAAACCAACAUUCUACUCUUGAUCGCUCGGGAAACAAUAGGUAUUGGCAGAGAUUCAAUCUGGGUCUCGGCUGGCGAGCUUCUCAGAAGAGCAAUGAGUAUGGGUCUACACAGAGAUCCUUCCCGGCUGCCGACUAAGAGUACCUUCAUUUCCGAAAUGCGCAGAAGGCUGUGGAAUACCAUUAUGGAGCUAGCCCUACAGUCGAGCUUGACUGCCGGAGGUGCUCCACUCAUUUCGCUCGACGAUUUUGAUUCACAGCCCCCAGGAAAUUUCGAUGAUGAGCAGCUCUUGGUCGAGGGCUCUGUUCCGAUGUCAGAUGACUGUUGUACAGAAACAUCCAUCGCAAUUGCCCUUCGUAAAACAUUUCCUUCGCGGCUCGCGGUGGCGAAGUUUCUCAAUGAUAUCAGCUCCCAUGGAUCAUACGACGAAGUUCUACGACUUGACGCAGACUUACGGGCGUCGUAUAGAGCCCUAACCCGAACAAUUCAAGGCUACAAAUCAGGCAACGGAAAAUCACCGUCGCAUUUUGUCACCCGCAUGGUCGACUUUAUUAUGCACCAGUAUGUAUCUGCUCUACACAUACCUUACUUUGGACCAGCUCUACGGCAGACAACAUACGCAUUCUCUCGGAAGGUAGUCGUUGAGACAUCGCUCAAAAUCUGGUAUGCGGUGUAUCCAACGUCGUCAGUCAUGAACUAUCACGGUAGCAACGAUACAUCAUCAUCCAACCACGACGACUUUGCAAGACUUGCAAUCUGUGGGUCCGGAUUCUGCCGCACCGUUGCUUUACAAGCUACCUUAAUUAUCUCUGGAGAACUCAGAACCCAGCUCCAAGAAGAGGAGGGUCUCGGUCCUGUGGCCUUGCGACCAGACCUUUUAUCCGUGAUCGAAGACGUGAAACAUUGGUGUGUGCGAUGUAUCCAGGCUGGUGAGACAAACAUCAAGGCAUACCUGCUCGCUUGUGUAAUCGCUGCGCAUAUCCAAGCUCUUAUGCGAGGGCUCAGUAUGGAUGAAGUUCCGCGAAUUCUUACCAAAGCUGCAACUGAGGCCGGGGAUACCUGUCUAUCAAUACUUGAGCGAAUAGCGGCGCAGGGUCAAGCGAAUGGUGCCUUGGAGGCCCUUCCCCCAAUAUCUUUGGAGACUCCAUCCGAGGGCCUGGGAGUUUGGGACCUUACUAUGGCAGAUGCUUUAUUCAACCCAGGUAAUAUGGAAUCCUUAAGCUGGGCGUUCAAUGAAGAGGCGAUGCAGGAGGUUGUUACUUGGUGGUAA